AUGAGCAGAGGAAGCGGCGCAGGAUACGAUCGUCACAUCACAAUCUUCUCUCCGGAAGGUCGUCUCUUCCAAGUCGAAUAUGCAUUCAAAGCCGUCAAAGCAGCUGGAAUCACUUCCAUCGGUGUUAGAGGAAAAGAUUCAGUUUGCGUCGUUACCCAGAAGAAAGUUCCCGACAAGCUUCUAGAUCAGUCGAGCGUAUCUCACCUUUUCCCUGUCACCAAGUACGUUGGCUUGUUAGCCACUGGAAUGACAGCUGAUUCAAGGUCCUUGGUCACACAAGCAAGGAAUGAAGCGGCUGAGUUCAGGUUCCAAUACGGAUACGAGAUGCCUGCCGACAUCCUUGCUAGAUGGAUUGCAGACAAGUCACAGGUCUACACUCAACAUGCUUACAUGAGACCUCUUGGUGUAGGCAAGUUUCUCCCCUUUGCCAUGGUACUGGGUAUUGAUGAAGAGAGAGGACCCCUGCUUUACAAGUGUGACCCAGCUGGACACUUUUACGGUCACAAGGCAACUAGUGCAGGUAUGAAAGAGCAAGAAGCAAUCAAUUUCUUGGAGAAGAAAAUGAAAGAAAACCCUGCCUUCACUUAUGAUGAAACAGUGCAGACUGCCAUAUCCGCUCUGCAAUCAGUUCUUCAAGAAGACUUCAAGGCAACUGAGAUUGAGGUUGGAGUUGUGAGAGCUGAUAACCCCAUCUUCCGUUCGCUUGAAACGGAGGAGAUCGAGGAGCAUUUGACGGCCAUUAGCGAACGCGACUGA